GGACACUGGUCGGUGCGCCGGCGCCCAUCCUACUCGUUCCUCACAUCCUGUAAACAGAGCGGCCCGCCCGAGACAACUUCUGCUUCCGGGUCACGCCUUGACAGCGGCUUUCACCACCCAGGUCAGCCCCGCGGUUCGGGAGCAGAUGUGAACUGCACCCACGGCACACUGAAGCCCCUGCACUGCGCCUGCAUGGUGUCAGAUGCUGACUGCGUGGAGUUACUCCUGGAGAAGGGAGCUGAGGUGAAUGCCCUGGAUGGUUAUAACCGGACAGCCCUCCACUAUGCAGCUGAGAAGGAUGAGGCUUGUGUGGAGGUCCUGUUGGAAUACGGUGCAAACCCCAAUGCACUGGAUGGCAACCGAGACACCCCACUUCACUGGGCAGCCUUCAAGAACAAUGCUGAGUGUGUGCGGGCCCUCCUGGAGAGCGGGGCCUCAGUCAAUGCCCUGGAUUACAACAAUGAUACCCCACUCAGCUGGGCUGCCAUGAAGGGAAAUCUUGAGAGCGUCAGCAUCCUUCUUGAUUAUGGUGCAGAAGUCAGAGUCAUCAACCUAAAAGGCCAGACACCCAUCUCCCGCCUGGUGGCUCUACUAGUCAGGGGACUUGGAACGGAGAAAGAGGACUCUUGCUUUGAGCUCCUCCACAGGGCUGUUGGACACUUUGAAUUAAGGAAAAAUGGCACCAUGCCACGAGAAGUGGCCAAAGACCAGCAGCUGUGUGAAAAACUGACUGUUCUGUGCUCAGCCCCAGGGACUCUAAAAACACUCUCUCGCUAUGCAGUGCGCCGGAGCCUGGGACUCCAGUAUCUGCCGGAUGCAGUGAAGGGCCUGCCACUGCCAGCUUCUCUGAAGGAAUACCUGUUACUUGUAGAAUAGCCUGGAGGAGACGUUUGCACCAUUACAUGGGCAACUCUGGGUGAGGUUUUGCCCUGUGAAACUGUCUCUCUUGGAAAACAAGAAAAGCAGUUGUUCCUGUUGUGUGGUUUAUAUUUCAAGGCAACAUGUCACAACAGUAACCUCCACAUCACCUCCCUUCCCCAAACCAAGCAACCAAACAAACAAAAAAACCUCUCACUUUUGUUUCUGUUUAUUGCUUACUUGGCUUUUUAGAUUACACCCUCUAAAAGAAGAGGUCUCCCCAACCCUCCCCUUUAGGGAAAAAGUCAACAGUGCAACUGAAUUACUCUAGGAAGACAAAGAAUACUUAUAGAAUGUGUGUUUGGUUUUCCUUUGGGGACAUGAUUAACAUUUCCAAAGACUCCUUCUAGGAACAUUUUAGUUGAUCUGUGAAGAAGUUUAAGAAAACUCCAGCUAACAACUGAGGCCCAAAGAUGAAGAGGCAACAAGCUCAAAUGGUGUGCAGGUUCAGAAUUGGGCUGGAUGAUGUCCCUAGAAUGCCACAUCACGGGGCAUUCAGAAGGGACUGGCGCCCUUCCUCACCACUGAAGGGAACGGCAGUCUUUGCCCCUUUUCCAUGAGUGUGCUCGAGGUCAUAGUAGUUCAGCAGGUUUAUUUUAGAAAGAUUGUCUUGCUGCUCUCCACGAAGUAGAAGACAUAGAAGGUUCUAAGCAGUCCUAAAAACUAGAAGUCCUAAGAACUUUUCUUCUAGUGCAGUUCUUUCUCUUCCUGGAAGCCAGUUUGCUCUACUGGGCUUCGCAGGCAUUUCCUGCACUGCAGACAAAGGUGUUCACUCUCGCAGGGGAAGAAAGAGCUGGGCUGGGCUGCCUUUUCUCAUGGGUCUUCUUCAUUCCCUAGAGGAAGCUCACUCCCUAAGAGCUUGGAGGUUUUUUUUUUUUAGUUGUUUUGGAAACUUUGCUUUUUACUGCUCUCUACAAGAUACUGGUGGAGGGGGUGGAGCUGGGGAGUAGGAGAGCACCAUAGCCCUUCCUCUGAGAGGCCCACCUACCCAAAAAAGACCUGUUUUAGUGAACAGUACUUAGUCUACAAUCUCUUCCUUUUCACGUUGCUAAACUCAAUCAAGUUGUUAUUGAUCUUAGAUGACCUUACGCAAAUUUGAAAAACUUUUUUUUAACUGAUUGGGAACUAUGAAUAAAAAUUAACAGAAUCGGCUGACACAGCUAAUUUGAAAAAGUAUGACGCUUUUGUCCUUUUGCUGUUGGCAUUUUUUGCUCACUAAAAAAAAAAGAAAUAAACAGUUCUAAAAGCAAGUUUGGCAAUUUCUACUCUUCCUACUUUUCUCUAAGUUAUUUAAUUAUCUUGAGCCCCAGUGUCCUCAUCUCUGAAAUGGGGCUGUAACCACCACCCACAUGGGCUGUUUUUUAGAACUUUUUUCAGGGUAUAACAGUAAUACUUUGCUAGUAUUAGGGAACUACUAGAGAUAAUCCUUUCCUCCACCCCUUGUAAAACCCUGAACCUCCUUCCUGCUUCAGCAAGCAAGUGUGGAAACUGUGUAGGUUGGGAGGAAUAUGUAUGCCUGUGCUGACAGCCAAGGUCAGGUAGCAUCCUGUCAAUUGGGGACACAGUCUACAGUCCCAAUCCUGAAGACCAACUGCAUUGCUUGGAUACUUGGCUGAUGAGGAGGAAGAAGCCGGUGAGACAGAAUAGCAAACAAACUGAGCUGAAUGAGAACUGACAAUUUUCCAAAGCAGUAUUUCAAUCAACCCACCAAACUAGGUCCAGGACUGGUUGUCUGUUUCCAGGCUUUCAAAAUGUACAUGUCUCCAAAAAAUGGAGUCUGGUUUUCAUCCAGAAAGGAGUACAGAGGAAAAGCUGAGAAGGAAGAAUCCUGUGUUGUCAGAGGAGAGGAGCAGAGACUGUAGGAUGGCUGGGAAAAAGCAACCCUGAAUAAUGGUUAAUGAUCAAGAAAUGAAACGCAACUUUAUGCUUAAGGGAGACUGGAGCGUCCCGCUGAUUGCAGAGGAUGCAGGAGGGACUAGCUGUGGGAUGAGGGUAAGGACCAGUCCACUGUGUUCUCAGACCUUGUGUACAGAGUCAAGAGAUGUCCAAGAUGAGCGAGAAGUACAUGGGCUUGUCACAUGGGCUGCAUUUUCCCAGGUGUCUGGGCAGAGUCUGGCUUGGGGCUGACAGGAGUGCACUUGUGGAGGUGAUAACAGGAGAACCGAAAGCACAGUGACCAAUUGGCAUUUAUUAGUGUAGUUAUUGUCACUGUAGUAAAAGUAGUAGAGGAACCAAGACUUUGUUAUCACAAAGAAAUAAAUAAAGCUUAUUUUUAGGAAAAUUCUAACCGAGUAACUGAAAUCUAGCAGUAGCACUAGGGGAGGAGCCCAGCCUUGUGUGACAGAUGAAGCUGGGGUAGAAGUCAUGAUAAAUUCUACCUAAAAGGAGCUUCUACUCAUUGCCCCCUGCCCCAGCUUCCCGGCCAGAGCUGACCACGGCUGCAGUUACAGAAUAAAAGGAAACCUAACGAAAAAUGAGCUGAAGCACUUGAGACGAUGUGAACUUGGAUCUAUCGGGGGUGAGCUGACCAUGAUCAGACCAUCUGUUCCCCUCACUGCAAAGAGGUUUAGACGGCAGCUUCUCCAGACCGCUUCCGGCUGAUGUGCUCCAGGUGGGCGUGCUCUGAGGUGUCCAAGUCAAUCUCAUACUUGGCUAGGAUUUUGAGGAUGGGCCUCAGCUUCAGCCACCAUUGUUCCUUGGGGAUGCGAUGCCUACAGAGGAAUGAGGUAAGUGAUGAUUUAAUCUUUAGCACCCCAAUCAACAUCUGUGAAAGGCUAUGGGAAGAAGUUGAACAGAACAGGCUGGAUUUGGGGCAUGGGCAUCAGAUCUAAAGUAGGUACAACUAUAGGUGUUACUCCUAAGAGAAGAGGACUGAAGACAGUGAACAGGUUGGGAAGAGUAGAUCUUGAAACUACCAGGGAAGGAACCACCCCAGGAAGUAGAUGUACUCACUCAAAAUCUGUCUGUUCCUUCAGCUCAGCCACUGGUUGAAAGAUCAGUGCUCUCUUGCGCAUCCCCAGAACACAACCUGAGUCUGGAGUAUUAGCAAAGAUCCGCCCUGCAAUAGGGAUGGUCAGUCAGCUUCUAAACUGGGAACCAGCUUCUAGGAAGGGGGCCCCUCUCACCCCACCUACCAUUACGGUAACUCUCUUUGAUCUUCCCAGACAUCCAGUUCAUAGCCUUUGCACCCAUCUUAGUGGCAAAAUUCCUGUCAAAUGGAGUUGGGCUCCCACCCUGGAAAAAGAAUCAUAAAAAUUAUAGAGGUAAGGGCUCCAAUGAAGUGGCAAAGACAUUGGAAUACAUGGAGAAAAAGGAAAGAAUAGGUCCAGGUUUACAGCCAGAAGCAGGAAUCCAUAAACCUAACCAUGAAAGGAAAUCCUGAAACAGGGCCGGGAACCAGGGUGAGCUUUUGGCCAUUAAUCAGAUGUCAGAGUAACUCAUUAGUACAAGGGGAUGACUGGUCUCGCAGUUGCUUCUUCCAGCCCCACAGCUGCAUGAUCCUGUUCAUUUCCUUCCAGGCUUACUGGCCACUCUAUUCCCUGCCCCUCUACAACCUAGCAGCUUUUGUCAGUCACCAUCAUUGAUGACACAAAGCAUUCCUUGUGACCCCAUCUGGAUGCCCUUGGUAGCACCUCAUAAUAUUAUAAAACACCUUGCAGAUUUUCUUUGAACAAAGCAAAGUAAGUGGGAAAACGGAAAGGGAGGAAAAACAGAAAACAGGUCUUCAUACUUUAUGCAAUAGGACCUCAAUCCUGCAGAGGCUGAUAAGCUCAUUCAAACUGAGAUAAUGUGAGUUCAUUUGUGGGUACAGAAAGGUCAAAAGUAAGUGCUUAAGAGGCAUCAGCGGGGAACAUUUGGGAUAGAGGAGGCCUCAGACCACUAGUAUCAUCUGUGAGAGAGGCCUACCUAGGGUGGGGACUGAAUGUAGGUGGAGAAAGAGAUUCCUUCCCCCUUGGAACCCCAGUUAGUGGGGAUGGAGCCCAACCCCAGCAAGGUGCCUGUACUCACCCACCACAUUCCCUGCGGAAGGCAGCACGGUGUGGCGGGGAAAGCACUGGACUAGGCUUAUUCUGGCUUCACUCAAGCUUGAUGAGUGGCCCUGAAAAAAUUAUUUCUCCUCUCUCAGCCUCAUUUUCUUCAUCUGAAGCAGUAGUUCUCAACUGGAGAUGAUGUUGCCCCCUGGGGGACAUUUGGUAACAUCUAGAGACAUUUUUUUUUAGUUGUACAACAGGGGAGGGAAUGCCAUUGGCUUCUAGUGAGUAGAGUCCAAGAAUGCUGCUAAGCCAUCCUAAAACACACAGAACCACCACAGAGAAUUUUCCAGCCCCAAAUGGCAAUAUGCCAAGGUUGAAAAACCCUGCCCUAAAGAAAGAGGAUGAAGCUAAGGCCAUUUCCAGGGUAUAGAUGUCUGAUUCUGUGACUGUAGAAGACCGCAGGCCCAUGCUCUGUGGCGGCACUGAUACCCUCAGCAGGCUGGAGGCCAGAGGGACACUCAGUGGCUAUUGGGGGUUACGGCUGUCUUGUGAUGGGCGUGAUGUGUGUACUCCCUACCUGCUGCAUGUGGCCAAGCACGUUCUUCCUGCUGUCGAAGAUGCCCUUCCCCUCCUCGGAGUACAGGUUGAAGAUGAAGUCAGUGGUAUAGUUGUCAUUGCACUUCUCGUUCCUGCAGGAGAGACCGAUGCCUGUGCCGCAUGUGUCCCCCUCCCUCCCCCAGCCCUCUGCGGUGGUCAGCUUUGUCCCUCUGGGUUCCGUCUCUUCUCGCAGUCCAGGUUCUCUCCCUUUGUAUCCACAGAUGCCUCAGGGUGUCCCAACCAUGGCUGCAGUCUGACUAGGGCCAAAGCCUGACUAUCUCUUCUCUUUACUUGGGAGCAAACCAGGGAUGAGGUACCUUAACACCAAGCCCCUCUUCACAGUUGUUUUCAUCUUUUGCACCAGAUGUUCAACAUUUGCCUGAAAAUGAAGCAGAAAAUCCUAAGCCCAGCUGAGAGUGGAUAAGGCUGGGCAGGCACAUGGAUCCCUUCUUCCCUGCCAGGCCUCUCCAGGAGGGCAGAGGGACGUGGAAGGGGGCUGUUUACAGCCCAGGGCCUGAACUGUGCCUCAUCCCUUUAAGAAGGUCUGGUUUCAGGUCACCUCAUCGCCAUCACAUGAGGACUGGCAGACUUCAGCUCUGCUUCUGGCUCUGGCUCCCAUCCUCGGGCAACACGAGGAGCCAGUCUGCAGACACCUGGGUCCCACCAUCAUUAUUGGAGCCAGAGUUGGGAGGAGUGACUCAUGGAGACAAGAAACCCAGACAAAUUAGACACAGCAACGUAACUGGGAGACUUUCUCAAGGCCUAUGGGAGUCUCUUUUGGACACCUGCAGUCCUGGAGUAUAAAUCUUCAAUCUUAAGAAAUAAAAAAAAUUCUUCUGAAAUGUAGAGGUUGGAAUGCUGUCUCCUGCUCCUGAGGUAAGUAAGUGUAGGGGAGAAAAGAUUUAAGGAAAACAAAUGACUUCAAAGAUUUUAAGUGUAAAGCAAACAACAGACAGUGGGCAGGGAAAAUCCAAAUCCAUGGGGCAGAAGAAAAACCCCAUGACAAAAGAAGAUUUUUUUUCUCUUUCCUCCUUCUUACCUUAGCCCUGCCAACCUCCAGAGGUCAUCCUUCCUGCCUCUGAACUGGAUACCUGAGUGUUUUCCCAGAAAUCAAGUUUUAAGACCCCUUCUGUAAGCCUGUACCUGUGUCUCAAACCCCUAGUUCCCUAGAAAUCACAGACUGGGCUGUAUAGACAGCUUACACUAGAAAGUCCCAGUAAUUCUUUGGGCUCUCCUACUUAACAUCACUGGCCUAUUCUGGCCCCAGGCCAGUCCUGGCCAGGCUCUCCUUGGCUGUUCCAUGUUGCCCUAAAUAACCCUCUAUGAGCAGCUGUCUGACUUAUUAGAAGCAAAAAGAAGGAUAAGAUUACAGGCACCAUCCCAGGGGUACUCUGGGUACAGCCAGGAGGAGGGCUCUGGAGAACAUCAGAAACACGUACUUUGGAGUCUCCAAUUACAGCCUGCUGGGAAGAGGCUUUAAGGAGAACUACAGGUGAUGGGUCUCUAUAAUGUGAGGUAGAAAAAAACUAAUAAAUGACUUGGUCACUAC